UCGAGUUUCAAGUUGAACCCCACCCUCCGCUAAACUAGCUCAACUCCUCUUUGCAACUCUCCUUUCGGCGUUAGCAGUGGUCAAGAUCGACCCUGCUACAUAAAAUAAUCUGGUAUUACUUGAAACAUCGUGUAAUAUUUACGACCUUACACAAUGUCUAGCAGUAGUUGGAACAAUAGCCGCGGCGGAAGCGGCGGUUCCAAAUUCGGAGGAGAAAGGAAGUUCGGCAGUAGUAAUGGAUCUUCUCGAUUCAGCAACGGGGGAUCUAAGUUUGGUGGAGGUGGCGGUGGGGGCGGUGGUAGAUUCGGUGGUUCUGGCGGUGGGUUUGGAGGCAAAAAAGAUUUUACCGGUGGCCAGAACAUGCGUCGUCCAAACUGGGAUUCUAUGUCGCUACAGCCAUUUAACAAAGAUUUCUACAACCCACAUCCAACUGUUCUAAGCAGAUCCCCCUAUGAAGUCGAAGAAUACAGAAGUAAACAUGAGAUCACUGUCAGUGGGGUUGAAGUCCCUAAUUCUAUUCAAAACUUUGAUGAAGCCAACUUUCCUGAUUACGUUAAUCAAAGCAUAAGCAACAUGGGUUACAAAGACCCUACGCCUAUCCAGGCUCAGGGAUGGCCAAUUGCUAUGUCUGGAAAGAAUUUAGUAGGUAUUGCUCAGACAGGCUCAGGAAAGACCCUUGCCUAUAUUUUGCCUGCUAUUGUUCACAUUAACAACCAACCUCCUAUCAGGCGCGGAGAUGGGCCUAUUGCCUUAGUAUUAGCACCAACUAGAGAAUUAGCUCAACAAAUUCAGCAAGUUGCUUCUGACUUUGGCAAUUCUGCCUAUGUUCGUAACACUUGUGUAUUUGGUGGUGCCCCUAAAAGAGAACAAGGCCGUGACUUGGAACGUGGAGUUGAAAUUGUUAUUGCUACACCUGGAAGGUUAAUUGAUUUCUUAGAAAAAGGUACCACAAACUUGCAGAGAUGCACAUAUUUGGUACUUGAUGAAGCUGAUCGUAUGUUGGACAUGGGUUUUGAACCUCAAAUCAGGAAAAUCAUUGAACAGAUUCGUCCUGACAGACAGACUUUGAUGUGGUCAGCAACAUGGCCGAAAGAAGUGAGAAAGCUGGCUGAAGAUUACCUUGGAGACUAUCUACAAAUUAACAUUGGAUCAUUACAAUUAUCAGCAAAUCACAACAUCUUACAAAUUGUUGAUGUUUGUCAAGAACAUGAAAAGGAAAACAAGUUAAAUGUACUGUUACAAGAAAUUGGACAGAGCCAAGAGCCUGGAGCAAAAACAAUUAUAUUUGUAGAAACCAAGAGAAAAGUAGAAAAUAUCACUAGGAAUAUUAGACGAUAUGGAUGGCCUGCAGUUUGCAUGCAUGGUGACAAAACACAGCAAGAGAGGGAUGAAACAUUAUAUCAAUUCAAACAAGGCAGAGCUAGCAUUCUAGUAGCAACUGAUGUUGCUGCCAGAGGACUUGAUGUGGAUGGAAUUAAAUAUGUUAUAAACUUUGAUUAUCCUAAUUCAUCUGAAGAUUAUAUUCACCGAAUUGGGAGAACAGGACGAUCCAAAUCAAAAGGCACAUCCUAUGCCUUUUUUACACCAUCCAACUCGCGUCAAGCUAAAGACCUUGUGUCUGUCCUUCAAGAAGCCAACCAGGUUGUAAAUCCGCAACUACAGACCAUGGCCGACCGUUGUGGCGGUGGAGGUGGUGGCUGGAAUAGAAACCGAUACGGCGGUGGACGUGGAGGCGGUGGUUCAUUCAAACGUGGAAGCAAUUUCGGCAGGGGCAAUGGCGGUGGCGGCGGCGGCAGUGGAGGCCACAAGAGAUUCAAUAAUGACUAUUAAUUUAUCAGUACAAAUUUAUUAAUUAGUAGCAAAUCCUCAUACGAGUACUUGUGUGAAAUUUAGUAUUAAGGCGUGUAGAAAUGCUGAUUGGUUGAUAUUGCAGUUUGUGGUUAAAUGACAGGCUAGAUUAAUAAUUUAAUUGAAUAUUGUCUACUACCAAGCAUCUUAAACAUUUUUUGUUUACACUGUGAUAUUUUUUUUGUCUGUGAUUCUACAGAGGAUUAGCUGAUAGCUAAUUUAGUGCUACUAAGACAGUACUAGCAGUAUGUCUUGUGGAGGACUUGCUCUAGACUAUUUAUUUAUUUUAAAUAAUAAUUUCAUGUUUCAACAGAAGUGAGGUUUCAUCACUUGUGCUCGUCAUUCCAUGCCCCUUUCCGAUAACAUGUAAUAAUAAUAAUCAAAUAAAAUAAUGUAUUGAAUAAGAAAAAA